AGGCCAACCAAUAGAAACCUCGAAACGUGUCAACAUUAACAUGACGUUUCCAUUCGAAAAUCCUCACUAAAAAGGGGUUUUAUUUUGUUUUAGUGCUCGCUUCCAUUUGAAAAUGUUUUCUCAACUCUUUCUAGUAGUUUUAGUGUUUUUUUACGCCAGUGCCCAAGACGUGGUCCAAGAUGUUAAGCUUGACAACAAAGAAGUCCGGUGUUUAGUAUGUGAGGCAACAAUCCGAGAACUAACCGAGGCAGUCAAGCACAGUGAUAAGUCUCAGACUGUAAAAAUCGGCGGACAUCGGCUGGACUCACAAGGAAACUACAACGACCCCAGGACUGUUCCAGCAGCCCAAUCCGAGAUAUUUCUGUCAGAGCUAAUGGAACAGAUUUGCAAUAAAAUGGACGAUUAUGUUAGAGGCCUGUGGAAGUCCAACGGAACGCUAACCAUCCUGAAAAUGGUCUCCGCUACGGGCCAAAUGAAUCCUCACAUGAGUGAAGUGGAGUUCGUCCAAGAUGAUGACUUGAACAAGAGUCUCAAAUAUUACUGCGAAACAAUCAUAGAGGAAUUCGAGGAAAAUAUCAUUAAAUACUACCAAAAACGGGAGGAAAAUAUCGAAACAAAAUUCUGUAUUGAUGAAUCCUACAUAUGCCCUGUGAAAAAGACCAAAUUGCCUUCAAAAGAACUGUGAUUGUACAUUGAAUAAGCAAAUCAUUAUAUUAAUAAAUAAUUUAUGAUA